CUCAACUCUUAAAACACACAACUCAACAUUCAACAAUCAAUCCAAAACCCAAACACUCUCUAGUUUCUUCAAGCUACCCUUCCAAGAUGAGUUCCAUGAAAUCCCACCCCAUUUUCUACUUGUUAAUCCUAGGUUCCCUAAUCUCCACACCUAUCCAUGCAACCACCUUUACAGUUAAAAACAACUGCCAACAAACUGUUUGGGGUGCUGCUAUACCUGGUGGUGGCAACGCAAUGAGCCCCGGUGCCACAUGGACUCUCGAUGUUCCAUCUAACACCAAUGCGGCCCGCAUUUGGGGUCGUACGGGUUGCACAUCCAACGGGCCCAACGGUCUCACCUGCACCACAGGUGACUGUGGUGGGGUACUCAACUGCGUUAACUCAGGUGCAACCCCAACCACCUUAGCCGAGUACACCUUAACAGGGUCAAAUAACAUGGACACCUUUGACAUAUCAUUGGUUGAUGGGUUCAAUUUACCCAUGAGUUUCAAGCCCGCCAGUGGGUGCAGCAACGGCCCGUCUUGCGCUGCCAACAUCAACGACUCGUGCCUGUCUGACCUUAAGGUUAAUCAGGGGUGUCUGAGUGCCUGUGAAAAGUUCAAUACUGAUGAGUAUUGCUGUAGGAAUCAAUUUGUAGAGAACUGCCCACCAUCAACAUACUCCAUGUUUUUUAAGAAUCAGUGCCCAGAUGCUUAUAGUUAUGCCAAGGAUGAUGCUACUAGCACUUUUACUUGCCCUCCUGGUACCAACUAUGUUAUUACAUUUUGUCCUUGAUGUGUAAUAUAGAGGCAAAUGUUAAACGUACUCUAUAUUUAAUUUAAUUUAAUUAUGCUGUAAUAUAUAAUACUCCAUACUAUAGAGUAUGUAUUAUGAAUAAACGGAAUGUUAUCCUAAUGUAAUCAUCUUGCUUUCGGUGAGUCACUGUAUCAGAAUUCAGAAGUACUCUGUAUUACGGAGUAUUAUUUUUAUAAGAAUAUGAGAGUUUUAAUGUUG